GUUCGUUGUAUGGUUAAUUAAUUGUCCACCGCUGGUGCGAUAAAGCAGUGCUACAAAGUAUCGGGCACCGUGCGGUGUCAGUCUCACUUGCGUGCUGCCGCCGUGCGGAGAGUACCUGCUAGGUCCUUACUUCCCAUUCCCUACGCGAUACGGUUCACGAUGGCGUUGAUCAUACGCUCGAUCUACAGCGGGUACAGCUACCUCGUGGACAAAACAGAUGAGCGGGUGGUGGAACUGCCGCUGCUGCGCUCCGUCUGGACGGUUCCACUGAUAACGGGCGCGUACCUGUACUUUGUGCUCGAUCUCGGCCCCAAGCUGAUGGCCAACCGGAAGCCGUUCGAGAUGCGCCGCUUCCUUUGCGCCUACAAUCUGGCCCAGGUCGCUGCCAACGUGUGGACAUUCGCGAUGGGCGUAAGGUACCUGCGGACGUACAACUUCUCCUUCGUCUGUCAGCCGCUGCGCCUGGACCGUAGCGACCAAUCGAUGGACGAGAUGUAUCUGGCCUACGCGUACUUCCUGCUCAAGAUCCUCGAUCUGGCCGAUACCGUGUUUUUCGUGCUGCGCAAGAAACAAUCGCACGUGACGUUUCUGCACGUGUACCAUCACACGAUCAUGGCGCUGUCGGCUUCACUGUUUUUGCGCUAUCUGUCCGGUGGGCACUGCUUUAUGCUCGGCAUGCUGAACACGUUCGUGCACGCGGUCAUGUACUUUUACUUCUUUCUCACGAUCUACCGGCCGGAAGCGGUGCGCGGUGCGAGCUGGAAGCGCUACGUUACGCUACUGCAGAUGGCGCAGUUUGCGUACAAUGUGGUGCACUUCUUCCGGCCGAUCGUGCUCGGUGUGGACUGUGGGUAUCCGCGGGCGGUCAUGUGGUUCGUGGGCAUGCAGAACAUCUUUAUGCUGCUGAUGUUUAGCGAUUUCUAUCGGCGGGCGUACUUGCGAACCCCGAAAGCAGCGGCACACGCUCACUGAGUCGAUGGAGUCGGUGGCGAAUAAAGUAUAACACUUAAAU